AUGACGACUGGCAAAAUUAACGACAAUCUAAACACAAUUAGAAAAUUAUAUGAAAAGACAAAAGAAUUGAAUCAAGAAAUUAAAAAUAUCGUAAAAGAUAUCAAGCCCAUGGAAUUCGAAUCCUAUGCAGAUUAUUUUUUGAUUCAUACCUUUAAGAGAGGUAUUUCUGAAAGUGGCAGAGUUAAUCUUGAUGGCUUAAGAAAAAGAGAACAAUCUAUCUAUUAUAAAAGAAUAAGAAAGCCUAAUGAACAAAAAAUUGAUGAAAAUAUUUCAUUACCACCAAAGAGAGCUUCUUCUGAAGAAACUUCUACUUCAAUUACACCAGCACAAACAGUACCAUCUUCUGAUAAGGAAGAUAUAUCAGAUUCAAAAAUUGAUAUUAAUGAUCCUGAGAGAAAGCCAGUAAACAAGGUUUCCGCAGAGAUCUCGUUAAAUAGUAUAAUUUCAGCUGAGGAUGGUCAGAAUGAUGGAGCUCAUAAUAUAAGGAGAUCGUCUAGAAUAUCACAAAAGGAUCGUGAAGAUAAGCUAAAGAGAGAACAUGAGAAGAUAGAAGAAGACGCUCAACGUAUUCUUUCAAGAAAGAAACAUAGAGGACCUGGUAGACCAUCUAGAUCGAGUUAUAAUGAUAACGACGACGGCAACGAUACAGGUGAAAGUUUUGACUCGGUAUCAGAUUCAAGUAAUGAUAAAGAAACGCUCGAUUCAGACCUUAUUGUUAUCAAAGACUUAUAUGAAACUUUAGUUCCAAAAAUUAAAGAUCCUCAAAGAAGAUCAGAUUGGGUUCUCCCACCAAGAAUGAAAUAUACACAGGAAAAACAAUUACACACAAGGCCAGAAUAUAAAUCUGUCAAGAUCAAUGAAUUGGUUGGUACUAAUAGAAUUAGUACAAUAUUAUCCCGUUUUGAAGGUGGAUUGGCUGGUGUACGUAGGUAG